UGAGGUGAUGCGAGAGGAAGGCGUGGGUUAGCCCCCUCCCCCCAAUAUCAUCAUGUCCCUUUUCCUAAGGGUUUAGGAGGGCGGGGAAAGCCCGGAAUCCGCUCAGCCGAAGUGGAAUGACAAGCCCAGCCUUGAACUUCUUAUUCUCAACCUCUGCAAUAAAUGAGCGGGGGCGACUAGUUCUUUUAACCGAGGUAUUUAACCCGUAAGCGGCGCUUGAUCCGCUGUGUAUCUGGGUUUAGAGAAGCAGGAGUCGGACGUGGGAGCGUUUAAUGGUUUACAUGACUGAUUAUUUAUGGGCGGAAGAUCUUGAAGUUCAAUAGGUCCUAUUGCAUGCGGCAGAGGCUUCACUUUCUGAACGGCAGCUUGUUGCAACAUCUCUGUCAGUGAACUGACCCAGUGCCUUUCCCUGGCUAUUGGCAUGUCAUCAUUGCAAAGUUAUAUCUUCUGUUCAGGUGGUGAUUUAACCAAUCUGAAGAGAAUGAUUAUCAGCAAAUGACUGGUGGGCUGCAAGUCCUUGACAAAGAGUAGAAACAAGAGCCAUCAUUUGGGCCCAAAUCAAAGGUAACCUGAUGCUAUGAAGCUCUGUAGGGAUAAAUUAAUAGAGGAGGAGCGGCGGGUGAUUGCUAACAAUCGUGAAUAUAAUGACAAGUUUCAGUAUGCUAAUAACCGCAUCAAGACCUCGAAGUACAAUGUUGUCACAUUUCUGCCUAUUAACUUGUUUGAGCAGUUCCAGCGGGUUGCCAAUGCAUAUUUUCUGUUCCUGUUGCUCUUACAGCUAAUUCCUCAUAUCUCCUCCCUGUCCUGGUUUACCACUAUAGUGCCUUUAGUGUUGGUAUUAACCAUCACCGCAGUCAAAGAUGCUACAGAUGAUUUUUUUCGUUACAAGAGUGAUAAUCAGGUUAAUAAUCGACAGUCUCAGGUGCUCAUUGAUGGCAAGCUACAGAAUGAGAAAUGGAUGAAUGUUCGAGUGGGAGACGUAAUCAAAUUGGAAAAUAAUCAGUUUGUGGCUGCUGACCUGUUGCUGCUUUCAAGCAGUGAGCCUCAUGGACUUAGCUAUGUCGAGACAGCUGAGCUUGAUGGAGAAACCAACUUGAAAGUUCGACAAGCACUGCCAGUAACUUCAGAACUUGGUGCUGAUAUGUGUAGAUUGGCAGAGUUUGAUGGGGAAAUCAUUUGCGAGCCUCCAAAUAAUAAAUUGGACAAAUUCACAGGGACUCUAUUUUGGAAGGAUAAGAAAUAUUCACUAGAUAAUGAAAAGAUGCUGCUUCGAGGCUGCGUACUGCGGAACACAGAAUGGGGCUUUGGCCUGGUGAUCUUUGCAGGACCUGAUACCAAGCUAAUGCAGAACAGUGGCCGAACCAAAUUCAAACGAACAAGUAUAGACCGGCUGAUGAAUACUUUGGUCCUGUGGAUCUUUGGCUUUCUAGUGUGUAUGGGAAUCAUUUUAGGAAUUGGAAAUUCCAUUUGGGAAAGUGAAGUCGGAUUUCAUUUCCACAUUUACCUGCCCUGGGACGAUUGGAUGAAAAAUGCGAUUUUUUCAGGAUUUCUAAGUUUCUGGUCAUACAUAAUUAUCCUGAACACCGUUGUGCCAAUCUCGCUAUAUGUCAGUGUUGAAGUCAUUCGGCUUGGACACAGCUACUUCAUAAACUGGGACCGGAAGAUGUAUUAUGCCAACAAAAACACAUCUGCUGAGGCACGAACCACAACACUCAAUGAAGAGCUGGGGCAAAUAGAAUACAUAUUUUCUGACAAAACAGGAACACUGACGCAGAAUAUAAUGAUUUUCAACAAAUGCUCAAUCAAUGGAAAAGCCUACGGAGAUGUUUAUGAUGAGCUGGGACAUAAAACUGAAAUAUCUGAGAAAACUCUCCCUGUGGAUUUUUCAUUCAAUACUUUAGCAGAUCCAAAGUUUCAGUUUUAUGAUGCCAGUCUGGUGGAAGCAAUUAAACUGGGGGAUCCAUCAGUGCACGAGUUUUUCAGAUUGCUUUCACUCUGCCAUACAGUUAUGCCAGAGGAAAAGAAUGAAGGUGAACUUGUUUACCAAGCCCAGUCACCCGAUGAAGGAGCAUUGGUUACAGCUGCAAGAAACUUUGGUUUUGUUUUUCGGUCCCGCACCCCAGAGACCAUCACCGUGAAUGAGAUGGGCAAGCCUGUUGUGUACCAAUUGCUGGCCAUUUUGGAUUUUAACAAUGUGCGAAAGAGGAUGUCAGUGAUAGUUAGAAAUCCUGAAGGACAAAUAAGGCUUUACUCAAAGGGGGCUGAUACCAUUCUGUUUGAAAGACUUCAUCCCUCCAAUGAAGACUUGAUGUGUAUCACCUCAGAUCACCUCAGUGAAUUUGCAGGGGAAGGACUGCGAACAUUAGUGCUUGCGUAUAAAGAUCUGGAUGAAGCUUACUUUGCUAAGUGGCAAAAGAUGCACCAUCAUGCCAGCACAGCUCUUGAGAACCGGGAUGAACAGCUUUCUGACUUGUAUGAAGAGAUUGAACAGGACAUGAUGUUACUAGGAGCCACUGCGGUGGAAGACAAAUUACAAGAAGGGGUUUCUGACACAAUUGCCAACCUAAUCCUGGCCAAUAUUAAGGUUUGGGUACUUACUGGAGAUAAGCAAGAGACAGCAAUGAAUAUUGGUUACUCGUGCAACAUCUUAACAGAUGACAUGAAUGAGAUAUUCAUAGUGUCUGGCUACACAGUUCUCGAAGUGCGUGAACAACUCCGGAAAGCAACAGAGCAAAUGAUGGGGACACCUAUUUGCAAUGGGUAUGGUGUCUCUGUAAAGAACGGGAGUUUGAAGCUAGAAUCAGUCAUUGAAGAGACUGUUAUGGGAGACUAUGCACUGGUUAUUAAUGGACACAGUUUAGCCCAUGCGCUAGAAGCAGACAUGCAACGUGAGUUCCUGGACUUGGCUAGCAUGUGCAAAACUGUUAUUUGCUGUAGAGUCACACCAUUACAGAAAGCCCAAGUGGUCGAGCUUGUCAAAACUCUCAAGAAAGCCGUCACGCUGGCUAUAGGCGAUGGAGCUAAUGAUGUCAGCAUGAUUAAAAGUGCACAUAUAGGAGUUGGGAUCAGUGGUCAGGAAGGCAUGCAAGCUGUUCUAGCUAGUGACUAUUCAUUUGGACAAUUCCGAUACCUUCAGCGACUUUUGUUAGUCCAUGGGAGAUGGUCCUACCUGAGGAUGUGCAAAUUCCUCUAUUACUUUUUCUACAAGAACUUUGCAUUCACUCUUGUGCACUUCUGGUUUGGUUUCUUCUGUGGAUUCUCUGCACAGACCGUUUAUGAUCAGUGGUUUAUUACCCUGUACAACAUAGUUUACACUUCUCUUCCUGUUCUGGCCAUGGGUAUAUUUGAUCAGGAUGUCAAUGAACAGAAAAGCUUGGAAUACACGAGACUGUAUGAACCUGGACAACUUAAUCUGUUGUUCAAUAAAAGGGAGUUCUUCAUCUGUAUAAUCCAAGGCGUCUACACCUCUAUUGUCCUUUUCUUUGUUCCAUAUGGUGCGUUUUGUGACACUACAAGAGAUGAUGGGACACAUCUUUCUGAUUAUCAGUCAUUUGCUGUUACUGUGGCAACAUCUUUGGUGAUUGUGGUCAGUGUGCAAAUUGGCCUUGACACCAGCUACUGGACAGCAGUCAAUCACUUCUUCAUAUGGGGGAGUGUGGCUGUCUAUUUCUCCAUCUUGUUUGCAAUGCACAGUAAUGGAUUGUUCUCAAUAUUUCCAAGCCAAUUUCCUUUUGUAGGAAAUGCUCGGAAUUCCCUGGUUCAUCUUACAGUGUGGCUUGUCAUAAUUGUGACCACAGUGCUAUGCAUCGUGCCAGUGGUGGCAAUCAGAUUCCUGACGGUACAUUUGAAACCAACCUUGAGUGACAAGGUACGAUACAUGCAACUUGCCAGAAGAAAACAGAAGCCAGUGCAGCACCAUAUGCGGCGUGUAAACCGCACCAGCUCAAGAAGAUCAGGCUAUGCAUUUGCUCAUCAAGAGGGCUUUGGUGAGCUCAUUACCUCGGGAAGGAACAUGCGCUUCAGUAAACCAGCACCAGUGGUAACCGGAAAGUCGAUGCCGAGCAGCACCAGUUGGAUUGAAAAUUUAAGGAAGAAAACAACGGACACAGUAAAUAGCUUUGGCAGUGAGAAGAAUAUUAAACUGUAGAGCAAUCGAUUUUCGGAAGGAAAGACGCUUUUACUCGCUUAAAAGUUGGCCAUAGUUUGCACUGUGCUGUAUGUCAACAAAGCUUGAAUCACCACUACUUGCUGAAGAGUCACAAAGUAAUGCACUCUUGUUUCUGAGCUGUUACAUAUCAGUUUUGUAAUGUUGGACAUCUAUGUCGGACUCUUUGAUGCCAGGCAGCAAGUAAGAAAGAAUUUCCACUUACAGUUUCUGUAGAUUUGGUAAAAAUGUCAGCUUCGAUUGAAGUUGAGCAUUUUGAGGCACUUGUCAGCCUAUUGGCUGAUGUCCCUGUUACAUAACAAGUUUGUACGUCUAAGCUGUAAAUAUUUUUUAAGCCUUUGAAAACAUUUUUAUAAUGCAAGAGAGCAACAGUUGCAUUGUUUAAUGCUGCUCAACUUAAAUGGACCUAUACAAACAAGAUUAUAGAACUACAUGGGCAGAGCAGCUGUACAUAAUAUGGUUCAUUUCUUUCACUAGAGGGACCCAAUUAUAUUGUAUUCUGUCUAAGAAUGUUAUACUGUGGUCCUGUAGCUAUGGCCUCAUUGAGGAAUAAGUGCCUUUGGGUUUUCCUUUCACAAGGAAACAACUUUUUUAUUUGAAUGGAUGUAUUUUAUGAUUUUGAAAACAACACACUGCAUUUACAAACACUUUCAGCUUUAAUGGUUCUCUGUAACUUCACUUUCUGAUUGUCUUUCUCCAGUGAAGUACAACAGCUAACCUUGUAUGAAUUGUUACAUUUGCAAUAUGUUUUCUACAAAAUAACUCCUCUUCAUACAGUUAUUCUUUAUAUAUCAAUGGGAUUAGCACUAUUUUUCCAUGGGGGAACAUCAAAGGGACAAAGUCUGUUUUAAGACUUGUGGACACCAUAAGCACAUCACUUGGCUUCAUCUCUGUUCAAAUGUGUUUUUAGUACCUCUAACUCCCAGCAAUGUUUCUCUGUUUAUUUCUCAUGAAAGUAAGCUUUCCUCACUUUACUGGGGCUUUGCUGCGCAUGUAUUGGCUGCCUCAUUUUCUCCAGUACAACACUGACCACACUUCAUAAGUUUUUUAUCAGCUGUGAAAAGCUUUGAGAUGUUCUUGAUGUUGUGAAAGGCUUUAUGUGAGUUGCAAGUUAUUUCUAUUUUUUGUACAUGUAGCCCAUUUUUUGGCAUUUCAUUUCCUGCGGCAAACUUCAGCAAACAUUGUUAAAAUGUCUGCAAAAUACUGUGGGGAUGCAGGAAAAACUCAGCAGGUCUAGCAUCAUCUGUGGAGAGAGAAACAGAGUUAACAUUUCAAGUCCGUAUGAAAA